ACCUUGCCGAUUGCCUACUGAUAUUACAUAGUAAUUCGCGCAGAAACUAAUGACUGUAGAGUAGAUACGAAGGAACCAUUUUGGUAAUUUGCUAUUCCUAACGUCCGUUUGGUCCUUACUCGUUAGUCGAUACUCGUCCUGCGCCUUACAUUUUUUGCGCACAUUGAUCAUUGGUUAACGUCAAUGUUCGUUGUAUCGGUGUUCGAUUGAAAACUUAUAAUAUUUUAAAGUGCGCAUUAUUGAUAUUGUAUUAACUUUAUAUUAAUAUUCGAUCCAAUUUCAGUAUUAAUAUGGCCGAACUAAAGAAGCAUUUGUACGUCCAAAAAAGAGAUGGCAGUAUUGAAAGUGUUCACUACGAUGAAAUUAUUGCACGUAUUAAACAGUUAUGUUAUGGCUUGGAAAAAAUUGAUCCAGCUGCAACUGCAAUUCAUGUAAUCAAAAAAUGCCUUUACACUGGUAUUACUACAUCUCAACUUGAUGAUGCAGCUGCUGAAAUGGCAAUUACCAUGGCUACUAUUCAUCCUGAUUAUGGAAAAUUAGCAGCUCGUAUUACUAUUUCUAAUUUGCAUAAGCAAACUAAAGAAAAAUUUAGUGAUGUGAUGGAGGAUAUCUAUAAAAAUGAUGGUUAUUGGAAUAUUGGUUUAUCAGAUGAUAUUUAUGAAAUUAUCAUGAAAAAUAAAGAUCAAUUAAAUGAAGCAAUUAAUUAUGAAAACGAUUAUAUUUUGGAUUACUUUGGAUUAAAAUACUUAAUCCAAAACUUUUUAGUUAAAUUUGAAAACCAAACUAUUGAACGACCUCAGCAUUUGUUUAUGAAAGUUUCUGUAGGUAUUCAUAGAGAUGAUAUUAACUCAGCUAUUGAGACAUAUAAAAUGUUAUCUCAAAAGUUGUGUAUGUUUUCUCCGGUAGUUAUGCAAUUGCAGCCAGCUGCUAGAAAAUUAAAUGUAUCAGUUAUAAGUCAUUAUUCAGUAGCAAUGAUAGCAGACAGUAUUGAUGGUAUUUAUGAUACUCUAAACCGUUUAUCAACAUUUAUUUUACCUUAUUCGAGUACUGCAGUCCAUGUGCACAAAAUACGUGCUGCAGGCACUUAUAUUAAAGGCAGCAAUGGGAAAUCUAGUGGUCUUCCUCUUAUGUUGAAGCAGUAUGAUUCCAUGGUCCGUAAAACAGAAACAUUAGAAAGGCCAAAGAGCAUUAAAGGCGUAGCAAUUUAUUGUGAAUUAUGGCAUGCAGAUAUAAUGAAAGUUAUUGACCAAAUUAGAAAGACUACUAUUGCAGAUAUAAAAUUAAAACACAGUCAUCUGGCUUUAUGGAUACCUGACGAAUUCAUGAGAAGAGUACAAAAUGACCAAAUGUGGAGCUUUAUGAGUCCUGAUCAUUGCCCUGGUCUUAUAGAAGUUCAUGGAGAAAAAUUUGAUAAACUUUAUAAAGAGUAUGAAUUGAAAAGUAAAAGUUUUGUUUUAAGACAAAUCGAAGCAAGGAAAUUAUGGUCACAAAUUAUUCAAUCUCAGAUUGAAACAGGAUUACCACUUUUAUUAUUUAAAGAUGCGUGUAAUGCUAAAAGUAAUGAAUCUCAUUUGGGAACAAUCCAGUGUGCAGGAAGAAAUGGAGAUACUGUACAAUUUACUGCAUCUGAUGAAGUGGCCACAUGCACUACUGCUUCAAUUUCAGUUGAUAUGUUUUUAACAUCAGAAAAUAAUUUUGAUUUUUAUAAACUGAAGGAAGUAGCAAAGAAAAUAACUUAUGAUUUGAAUAAAAUAAUUGAAAAUAAUAAUGCUAUACUUAACGAGGAAGAACAAUUGAAAUUUGGUUUAAAACAAAAUCAAUUAGCCAUUGGAAUUGGUAUCCAAGGAUUAGCAGAUUUAUUUUUUAAAAUGAAAUAUCCUUUCGAUAAUAAAGAAGCAAGAGAUCUUAAUGUAAAAAUUCACGAAACUAUUUAUUAUGGUGCUUUAGAAGCUAGUAAUGAACUAGCUGCUAAAAAUGGACCAUAUAAAACAUAUUCAAAUAGUCCGACAAGUAAAGGGUUAUUACAAUUUGAUUUGUGGAAUGUAAAACCUUCUAAUUUAUGGGAUUGGAAUAGCCUAAAAACAAAAAUUGCACAACACGGACUACGUAAUUCUCUAGUUACAGUUACUUCUAACACUGAAAUUGAGUCUUCAAUUUUUGGAAAUAUGAAUUCUAUUGAACCAUUAGAUACAAAUAUUAAACAUAGAUAUAUUUCUCUGGGAGAAAGUAAACCAAAAGAAAUUCAGGUUGUUAAUCCAUACUUAUUAAAAGAUUUGCAUGAUCUUAACCUUUGGAAUGAGAAUAUAAUAUCUGUAUUGGUGAAUAAUAAGGGUUCAGUUCAGGAAAUUAAAGGGCUGCCAGAAGAUUUAAGAAAAUUAUACAGAACAAAAUGGGAAAUAGAUCAAAAAUCUUUGGUGGUUAUGGCUGCUGAACGUGCUCCAUUUAUUGAUCAAUCACAAGCUUUUUCUCUUAAUAUGGUUAAAGCAAAUGAGGAAAUAAUUUCUGAAAUGCACAUGUCAACAUGGAAAAUGGGUUUAAAAACUGGUGUAUGUCAACUAAGGAUUAAACAAACUGAAGAGGACCUACGAGAUUAAUAAUUUCUGUAAAUAUUAUGGUAUUUUUUAUUGUUUUUUUUUUUUUUUU